AUGUCAAGUAAACCAAUUAGUAAUAAGAAAGGUGAGUUCAAAAGACAGUCGUCUUCAUUCAGAGAAAUUAUCUCUGCAGAUCACCCAAUAUAUAAACCUGCUACGGGAAGAUACUGGCUGUACGUGGCGCUACCAUGCCCGUGGGCACAAAGAACCUUGAUCACCAGGGCCCUGAAAGGGCUUGAACCCAUAAUCGGGUGCAGUGUAGUGCAUUGGCACCUGGAUGACAAAGGCUGGCGGUUCCUUGAAGCAGGAGGCGAGAAAACUAAUGGAAGGCACUGGUUUGACAUUGCAGGUGGCAUUAGCUCAGCAAAUUUAAAUACUAGUACUUCUGUGGCUGAUGUAGCCAAUAACGCUCAUCGACUAUUGAUCGACGGAACUGAUGAACCGCAUUACGGGUACAAGAGUCUAAGCGAACUCUAUUUUAAAACCAAGCCCGACUAUAACGGAAGAUUCACCGUCCCUGUCCUUUGGGAUUUGCAAACAUGCACUAUAGUCAACAACGAAAGCAGUGAUAUCAUCAGAAUCAUGAACUCGCCUGCGUUUGACGAGUUUGUCGGCGAAGAAUAUCGUCAGAUUGGCCUAGUACCUCAGUCUCUAGAGGUGCAGAUUACAGAGUUCAACUCUUGGGUGUACGAUAAAAUCAACAAUGGGGUAUACAAGGCCGGUUUUGCAGAGUGUGCAGAAGCAUACGAGAAAGAGGUUACGAGUGUUUUUCAAUAUCUUGACAAAUUGGAAAAUCUUCUGGACAAGAAGUACACAGGUUUGGAAGCGAAGUAUGGCAAGAACAACAAGGACAAGAUAUUGGCUCGCUACUUUGUCAUCGGAGACACUCUAACUGAGGCGGAUGUGAGACUCUACCCAACGAUAGUAAGGUUCGACUUAGUUUAUCACCAACACUUCAAGUGCAACCUCGCCACCAUCAGAGAUGAUUAUCCCCGUAUACACACGUGGCUAAAGAAUAUAUACUGGCAGCACGAAGCGUUUCAGCGCACAACGGACUUUACCCAUAUAAAACUCGGAUAUACUCGGUCGCAGCCACGGGUCAACCCAAUCGGGAUCACCCCACUGGGGCCCAAGCCUGAUAUCCGACCUCUAUAA